AUGAAUACCUUCAAGUUCCUCGUCGGUCUGGCUUCAUGCCUUGCAGGCCUCGCAAGCGCGGCCCAGGCCGCGGAGCCAAAGGCUGUGUUUGCUCACUUCAUGGUGGGCAACACCAAGACCUUCACGGUAAACGACUGGGCUACUCAGAUCGACCUGGCCAAGACCGCAGGCAUCGAUGCGUUUGCCCUCAACAUGGCCAACAACGACUCGACCAACGAUGUCCAAUUGCCUUUGGCCUUCAGCGCCGCCCAGCAGAAGGGCUUCAAGCUCUUCUUCUCCUUUGACUACGCCGGCAACGGCGCGUGGAGCAAGGCCACAGUGAAGUCCAUGAUCACGAACUACGGAUCAAAGACCGAAUACUUCAAGCGAGGCUCGCAACCUUUGGUGUCCACCUUUGAAGGCACUGGGAGCGCUGGUGAUUGGAGCGAGAUCAAGACAGCCACCAAGUGCUUCUUCAUCCCCGACUGGUCGUCCGUCGGCGCUUAUCCAGCCGUUUCCUUGGCUAACGGAGUUGCCGAUGGCCUCUUCAGCUGGGACGCUUGGCCCAAGGGGGAUCAGGACAUGACAACUUACCCCGAUGCUUCCUACCACGAUGCCCUAAACGGAAAGCCCUACAUGAUGCCGGUAUCUCCCUGGUUCUACACGAACCUGCCCGGCUACAGCAAGAACUGGGUCUGGCGUGGCGACGACCUCUGGUUCGACCGCUGGCAACAGAUCCUCAGCAUCGACAACCCGCCCGACUACGUGCAGAUCAUCUCCUGGAACGACUACGGCGAGUCGCACUACAUCGGCCCUCUCGACGACAAGCAGUACGAAGCCUUCGACAGCACCCACGGCAAAGCCCCCUUCAACUACGUCAAGAACAUGCCGCACGACGGCUGGCGCGCCUUCCUCCCCUUCGUCAUCUCGCUCUUCAAGGCCGGCACGGCCUCCUUCAACAAGGAGGGCAUCACGGCCUGGUACCGCGUCAACCCCAACGACGCCUGCAACAACGGCGGCACGACGGGCAACACGGCCAACCAGCUGCAGUACGAAUACCUGCCCGAAGCCAUCAUCAAGGACCGCAUCUUCUACACGGCCCUGCUCGGCUCCUCCACCAACGUGCAAGUCCAAGUCUCCAUCAACGGCGUCAUCCAGCCCACCACCGCCUUCGACGACGACGGCAAACCCUACGGCGGCAUCGGUCUCUACCACGGCAGCGUGCCCAUCCCUUCGGGCGUCACCGGUCCAGUAAUCAUCAAGCUCCUACGCGGCUCCACCGUCCUGGCAACCAUCACCGGCUCCCCCAUCACCAAAUCCUGCACCGUCUCCCCUACUUCGGGCAUCGCCCUACAGAACUACAACGCCUGGGUGGGCUCCGCCCUAUCCUCCUCCACCUCCGGGCCCUAUUCCUCUUCCAUCCCUCCUCCCUCCUCCUCCUCCUGCAUCUCCGGCUUCGGUCUCUACGACUUCACCGGCCUCUGCUCCUUCUCGUGCCACAACGGCUACUGCCCCAGCAGUGCUUGCGUCUGCCACCAGCGCGGCGUCGCCUCCCCUCCCAGCUUAACCAACACCCCCGGCUACCCUGCGCCCGGUUACACAGCGAUUUACACCGGUCUUUGCUCAUUCGAUUGUAACCACGGGUAUUGCCCUCAGCCACCCUGCACUUUGACCCCCAAUACUGGUACGGUCCCUACUUACUCCCCUUUCUUACCGCCCGCUUGUGUACAGGGGGAGAAACAGGCGGGCAUCAGUGAUGCGUUUUUGGGACUGUGCAGCUUCGGGUGCACGUUUGGGUUCUGCCCGAUUGCGCUUUGCAGGUGCACGGGCACGGGGAGGCUGGUGGAUGCGCCGGCUUAUGUUGAUACGGAGGGGUAUUUCAAGGGGGAUGAAGGGGUGGAUGAUCAUGGGCUGUGUAACUUUGCGGCGACGCAUGGGUAUGUGCCGGAUAGUUGUGGGAAUCGGACCAGAACUGCUUGA